AUGAGUCUUGAUCCGUUCCUACGGUUCGCUUCCGAAAGCGCCAUGCCAUUUCAUCCAGUUCUACACUUCCUCGCGGCGCUCUCUUUGACCGCACUGGCCUUCAAGCUCCCGUUCGCACAGCUACGGCGACUGUGGGCAGGACUCAUUGUUGCUUUUGUCUGGAGAUCAUGGAUCGGCAUCCCAGAACUGACCUCAAGCCCAACCCUGCAAAGUGGCUUCAGUUUGUUCCUGCUUGUAUGGGUUUUGCAUGUGCUUGCAUUGCUGUUCAUCGAAGCAGGCACAUUGUGCACUGGCCGCCAGGAGCUCGUUUGGUCUGAGGUCGGCAAGCUGCUGUUCGAUGUUCGCAGGAUCGGCCAGCGGAGUCUUGAACACCAGCGGAAGGCUUUUGUCAACGGAAAGGAACGUGGCACCACUGGCACCACGAAGAGUCCGGAGGAAGCAUCGAUAUUAUCUUUCUUAAAGUACCGAAUCCUUCGCAUGUGUCUCUGCUUUGCCGCUCUGUACAUCUACGAGACCAACUCACACAGCAUUGCAACAACGAUUUUGAACAUAUUGCAUUCAGCGACCAGAAACCUGUCGCACGCGUCAGGAACGGCGUUGCAGAAAGUAGUCCUCGAUCUAUACAUGACUCUGGAGUUCAUCCUUUCGACAUUCCUCUUCAACAACGGAUUCCACUCGCUGUUCGCAGUCUGUGCAGUUGGCGUGCUCGGACUCGAUACUCCUGAGGAGUGGCCGUUGAUAUGGGGCAGUUUGACCGAUGUGACUUCCGUCCGCAAUUUUUGGGGGUCGUAUUGGCAUCGGUUGGUUGCGAGGACCUUUCUUGCGUGGUCAUCGGUGCUGUUGGCCGGUCUCAAGAUUGACAGACGCUCCGCAUAUGGCCGACGGCUCACUCCGAUCUUGGUAUUCGCGUUGUCGGGCUGUUGCCACGGUCUGACGAGUUGGCUCAUGGGCUUCCGCUGCGGCUGGUGGACGGAUGUUGCUUGGUUCAUCCUUCAGGCGGUCGUCAUGGCACUGGAAGAGUUGUUAGGAAUGGUUGGAAAGAGCACACGGCUCCAAAUGUCACGGAUACAGCGAUUCCUUGGCUGCGUAUGGACUUGGACGAUCUUGUCGCAGAGCAUUAGCUGGUGGCAAUCUGCUAAGGCGCAGUGUAUGCCGUAG